AUGGAGGCCGCUCAGAGGAAGGAGCUCGAUGCAUUCUUCAAUUUCUUUGCAACCUUCGAACUCGCCCGGCCUGUAGCCACCGUUGCUGAUCUGAGUGACGGGGCUGCUCUUUUCGAGGUCUUGUCGGUAGUAGAUGCGGAAUACUUUCGACAGUCAACUAGACCCUCCUCUCAGCCGUCUGACAACUGGGUCCUCCGUUUCAGCGCACUCAAACGGCUUUAUCGACUUAUGACCCAAUACUUUGCGGAUAUACUCCAGAAGCCCACGAGUGGACUUGAAGUGCCAGACCUCCAGGCAGUGGCAAAGGACCACUCCGUUCUCCCUACGCUGGCAAUGUGCCGGUUAACCAUUGCCAUCGGUGUGCAGUGCGAACAGAAUAAGCAGUUCAUCGACAAGAUCCAAGGCUUGAGCGAAACAGACCAACACUACCUCAUGAAGGCCAUUGAGCAGGUCAUGGCUCGAAUCAAAGACUCGGAAGGAGAUGUCGGGGACACAAACAUGACUGAGGACGACCAUUAUUAUCAACUCCAGACCGAGAAGAGCCAGAUCCUGUCCGAGAAGGAGACCCUCGAAAAGGUGUAUCAAGCACUGCUGGAAGAACACCGCACCUUACAGACAAACCACGAUGACCUAAUUUCCGAGAAAGAGGAUGCGGUCGUUAAAUUACGGGAGGCGCGCAGAGAGGCCGAUACGCGGAGGAGCGACAAGGGAGAUGGUAUGUUGCGGGGGGAGAUUGACCGACUUCGAGCAGAUCUCCAGAAGAGCGAAGACAAUCUUGCUAUUGCUGAAUCCGAAGUCGACAAGCAAAGUCGUGUGCUUGCUGAUCUGACGAAAAGAAAUGAAGAACUGCAAGAUCAGGCAGAUGAGGCGGUUCGACUUAAGGACAAGCUUGACGAAUACCGACAUGCCGCCGACAAACUGCAGAAAACAGAGAAUGUGAUGGAAAAGUACAAGAAAAAACUUCAAGAAAGCGCAGAUCUACGUCAGAGCGUCAAAUCCCUCGAAAAGCAGAACGCAGAACUUGUGGACGUGAAUGCUUCGCUGGAGGAGGAAUACCGCAAAGUCGCUGCAUUCAAGCCCCUGAUGGAGUCCUACAAGAAUCAAAUCGCAGAGUUGGAAAGCAAACACUCUGCGCGGGCUCAAGAGCUUGAUGCGCUGCGAUUCGAGCUGUCUGAGAGUAAGAAUAAACUGAAGAUUGCCACGGACGAGCGAACACGUGACGCGGAAACACUGGAGUUGUAUCAAGAACGGGUCCGUGAACUGGAAUUCGCAUCACAGAGGCCGGUUGGCUCCAGGAAACCUGCAGAAUCGGGCGCGUCGACUGAAGAGUUUACUGAGGCUGAGCUACUUGGGAAUGAGUUGGGCAAUGCUGAUGCUGAUGCGGAUGAUCCCGCUGUUCAUGGACUUGGGGGAGAACUGGACGAUGCCAUUUCCAAAACGACGAUGACUGAUCUCAAACUACAAGUCAAGAAACUGCAGAGAGAACUCGAGGCUGUGCGCAAGAACGAGGCGGAUGCUAGUCGCGUGCUUGUCCUCGAGAAUCUCCUCGAAGAUGCCAAUAGGAUGAAGGCCCGAUACGAGAGCGACUAUCUGACUGCCCAUCGGGAGAAACUUGUGCUGCAGCGCGACUUGGAAGAGAUUCGCAGUGGCAAGUCUAUGGGUGACGGUGCGGAGGCUGCAAUCGCUCUACGACAACGCCUCAACGAGACCGUCGAUGAACUUGACCUCUUGCGCAAACAGCAUGCUGAACUCGAAGUGCGGUUCGAAACGAUGGACCGGGAGCUCACUAUUGCCAAGUCUGACUUGACUCUUGUCAACAAGGACCAGCUCGAUAUUCUCGCCCAAUUGCGGGAUUCCGUCAAUGAGGACAAACUCGGGUUAGAGGCAGAUUUGACCAAGCUGAGGCAGCAGAACAAGGAACUAGCAGACAAGAACCGGAUGCAGCUCGAGCAGGUCAAUGCGCUACUGUUGGAGAAGGUCACACUGCAAAGCGAGGGAAUUGGGCAUCGGGAGAAGAUGUUGCAGAGAGAACGGGAUUUCGGCGAUUUGCGGGCGUCGUUGUCGGGCAAAGAUUUGCCAGAAGACAUCAAGGCGCGACUGCUGGCUUUACACGAGGAAAACAUCAACCUCAAAGAGUCCAACAAGACACAACUGGCUCAGCUCCAAAAGGCCAGAACGUUUAUCAAAUCGCAGGAUAAGCUUUUCAAAGAGCAGCAUGCUGCCCACGCUCUCUCGGUUCCCCCUGGAACGUUUGAAGAAGCGGAGGCGAGUUUCCGCACCCAGAUCAAGAUACUAGAGGAGGACCUUGCGCGACAAAAGCGAUUGAUGAGCGACUCCAUAAAACGUUACCGAAGGGAGCAAGAGCUAAUGCUCGGGGCCGUCCAUGCCAUGGGAAUGCGAACUAUGCGUGGUCAUAUCGGUGCGACUCAGCAACAACCUUCCAGCUGGCUCGGUACACAGAGAAAAACAACAUCACAUACCCUGACACGGUGA